UGCGUGCGCAUGAUGAAACGACAGCUUUCAGAGCUUUAAGAGCUUUUAAUUUGAUACCAAUUCAAACAUUUAUGAGUAUAUUGUUUCGCAGCAGGAAAAGGAUUGAAUAUUGACAGUCUGUAGAGGAAGAGUCGCCUUGGAUAGUCUAGGAUUUUUCUGAAUACACGUGUAAAGUGUCUAACGUUUCAUCCGAGGAUCGCUCAUAGAUAGACGGCCAUGGACCUUCUUCGUCGAUGUUUUAUUGUCGUGCUGUGUGUCACCGCAGUCAACGCUCACGUACAAUGUCCAAAGGGGAAUAACGAGAUGCCUGGAGGUGAAAUCGGAUUGCCCUUUCCUCCAGACAAGUGUGCUGUGCCCACGGAAGACUUUCUAAAAUACGUUGUCAACAGGGUAUACGUCUCGGCCUACGUGAUCGACACCUUACGGUUAACCUCCGCUAUAUCUACCCAGCGUCGGUUUACAGUACAACCCGACGCCAGUAUUGUGUCAACAUUCGCAUAUGCGGCGGGCGACAGCUGCCAGAGCUUUGAUGUGAUAUAUCCAGGGAUUCGUGACGAUAUUGCAGUCUUCCCGGAACCGGAAAAUCGAGACUUCAGAGUUUUGAGUUGUUCGCCAGCAGAGUACUUGAUAACGUACCACUGUAGAGAUGUGACUGAAAUAGUGUGCGGAAAGUGUCCAAGAAUCGCUGUUCUCAUCUAUGUCCGAGACCGCCGUGAAGACAAGGACGGAGAUGGGAUUCCAGACGGAGAUCCGGAUUUCACAGACGUUCCGUGGGGCGAAAUUGAGAAGUUUUCCAAACACUGUCUCGGCGAGGAUUUCGAAAACGACGAUCUUCUUGGAUGGAAAUGGAAGGGAAGAUCACAGCCAGAAAACUGUACGUUGCUGUCAGCUUAGCACCUUAGCAGUAUUGUGGGUACUACGGUUGCCUCUGACGAAAAAAGAAAAUAAUUACAAAAAAAACUUAACAUCGUCAUUCAAAACCUUUAAAUAAAUUUGACAUUGUGCCUUUUCAAAGAAAAUGGCGAUAACGAUUUAUAUUGAUGUCUGGUGAACCCCAACCCCCAAAUUAAUUAAUCAAAUAAAAGAUAUAACUAUAGUACAAUUAAUAAAUUAUAUCUUUUGGAAGGCAUUGUCAUUGCCAGUUGAUACCUUAAUAUAUGUAAAAUAAAUGAUCAAAGGUAUAUUAAACACUAGACAUCGCACAAUGCGGCAAAA